AUGGACGCCACUCAACCGCAAUACGAACUAUCCGUAGUCACGCAAAUUUUGAAAUUCGCCGUUGACAUUCUUCAAUGGUUGAUUCCCGCUAUCACCAAGUUUAGCCAGUCCCACCCUUUGGUCUUUCAACUAUCGUUUAUUUUUCUCACUUUCUAUGUUUUUUACAAGUUAUUGAUGAAUCUGAUCACUUUGGUCAAGAGAUUCCUGUAUUUGGCGCUGAUUAUCUCAUGCAUCGGAAUUUACAUGCGUGGUUCGCAACAAUUUUUGACUGUGGACUUACUGAAUUUCUAUAAUUUCGUCAUGUCGAACAGGUACUACGCGUUCAAGAUCUACACCCUAUUUAUUAAUGCCUUGGAAAAGGAAAUUAACGCUGUUUGUCACCUGAUUCAGAUGAAAGUACAACAGUUGCUCAAGUGA